GCCUGCUCCGCGGCCACGCAUGUCUCCUGCGGAGCGGGGCUGCUCUGCUUCACCUCAUGGGGAGAAGGGGGCUGUUGGCAGCGGUGGCGGCGGCGGCGCUUGAGGAUGGAACAAAUGCUGUUUGGUCUUCCCUGCACUGGACUGCGCAGACAGGAUUCAAAAAGCACAGAAGCUCCAUGCUGAGGCAUAGACCAUGCUUGCUACUGGAGUAAAGCAACUGCAAUGGAAAAAAUACGUUCACUUAGUCCCAGAAACAACUGAUUAUGCAAAGGACAAUGCACAGUGUGUGUCCUGAUGACAUUUUUUGUGAUGUGACAUGCUUAUUGCCAUGGCAUCUGAGACUGAAAAGGCCCAUGCUCUUCUCCAGACUUUCAACACAGCUUCAGUUAUUUCUAGUCUAGGUUUGGGAGUAUUCUGCUUUGUAGCAGACAGACUUCUACAGUUUUCUUUCAUUCAGCAAAAUGACUGGCUCCGAGCAUUCUCUGAUAAUGCAGUGCACGGUAUACUAGGAAUGUGGUCCUGGGCAAUAGUGAUUGGACUCAGGAAGAAAAGUGACUUCACUGAGGUCACUCUGGCUGGCUUCCUCUCCUCUGUCAUCGAUGUGGACCACUUCAUUCUUGCUGGCUCCCUGUCAUUAAAGGCUGCUCUGACUCUUCCACGGAGACCAUUUCUUCACUGUUCUACUCUUAUUCCUGUUGUGGCUCUGACAUUAAAGUUUAUUAUGCACCUUUUCAGGCUUAAAGAUUCAUGGUGCUUUCUUCCUUGGAUGUUGUUCAUAUCCUGGACUUCUCAUCACAUCCGUGACGGGAUUCGUCAUGGCCUCUGGAUCUGCCCAUUUGGAAAAACUCCUCCUCUGCCAUAUUGGCUCUAUGUGGCAAUUACAGCAUCUUUACCUCAUCUAUGUUCAUUUAUUAUGUAUUUAACAGGCACUAGAGAAUUAAUGUCUAUAAAACAUGGAAUCCGCAUUGAUGUAUAAGAAUUAAGUCCUUAAAGGCUAUGAAGGCUUGAAUAUUUAAGGACUGUGUGAAGACAAAUUUACUUAUUACAGUAAAACAGAAGCUUAAGGGAGAUUUGGGAAGAUUCAGGAAGAUUCAGAUAUGAGAAAAUUAAAAUUGCUCAAAAUGUGAGUUUGCUUACAGACCUUACUGCUGUCCUCAUAAACAGCAUUUUCCAUUAAGUGCAAUGUCAUCCAUAAAAUUCAGUAUUAUUACAUGGAAAUGUCAAUUUCAUCAUAAAUAAGUUCCCUAACAAAACUUGUUACUAUGUUGCAUGUUUGUAAUGUAGUAAUUUGUGCUGGGAUCUAUUCAGUUUUCAUUUACAGAAAUUUCUCAGAAAAGGUCGCAAAGUGAAAAUAUAGCUCUUGUCUGGGUUACAGUGUGCAAGCUGAGAAUUGUUAAUCAUUGUUCUACUGAUUUUUUUGUUCAUUGAACUCCAUUGUCCAUUAAGGAGAUAGGACCUUAAUUCCAGUUUGUGAUGAACUGCAGUCAUAGAAUCAUAGAAUCAUAGAAUAGUUAGGAUUGGAAAGGACCUCAAGAUCAUCUAGUUCCAACCCCCCUGCCAUGGGCAGGGUCAAAAGGGUGUAUGUUUAUAGAAGAGCAUAUAUAAGUUAGCAUGUGCUGAGCUGAAGUUAUCAAAGUAAAGAUAAGGUGAUGUGUUCAUACUACACUUAUGUGGGUAAAUAUAUCUUAGUAUGAAGUGCAGAAAAGUUACAGAAGAUACUAACUGGGAUGACUGGCUUAUUGAGUACCAGAGACCUAUGGCGGCGAAGUACUAGAGGCUGGCUGCUGCACACUAAGCUAAUUACAGAAAGUGUUUCACCUUUUGAAAUGUGCCCUCCAAAUAGUUUCUGACCUAUCUGUUCUUCAUGUAAGAAAGGUAUGCUUAGGGAAACUUAACCAAAAAUGUGUUGGUUUAGAGCUGUCAGAGCAGGAACUGUCUUUUAUCCAAAGGCUUAAUGGUUUAGAAGAGGUGGAGCAUUGUUCAUGCAUUUGCUUCUAACCUGUAUUUUAAAUAUAGGCUAUGAAGUUCCAGUUAUGAAUAUAUUUUGUGCAAGAAGUGAACACUUAAAUCCUUGAAACAAAUUUUCUGAAUUCUUAUUUCAUAGUAUAAUACUCCUAUAAUUUUGUGCUUUAUAAUAUGCAGAUCUGUUGCAAAGGGAAAUGCAUAUAGGAACAAAGUGGGGAAUUGUAUUGUCUCAUUUUUAGUUUGUAGCUGUAGCAUUUUUGGUAACUCUAUGUUCACCAGCAGUCCUUAAGAUUGGUAUGGUACUGUACUGUCCUGGCGAUGUUUAAGGUAUAUCUUCAGUAGUUUAAAAACACAUAUUUCAUUCUCUAUAUUGCAAUUUUUGUGAGUUUUUUUACAAUAAUUUUCAGCUGUGUUUCAAUAUAUCACUUCUCUGGUCAUGUUCUUGUACCAGUUCUAAGACAGCAGCAGGUGAAUGCCAUUUAGAAAUAUAUUAAGGAAGGUAGCAAGAACAUGUGACAGUUAAAUUGUUUUUCUCACUGCAAGACCUACAUGGCAGUCUCACAUCCUGGCAUUCAGGCAGCUUUACCACAGGCUGUUGACAGCUUUUCAGAGUAAACUGACAGGUUGCAUGUAAAGCUGUAAUUUGUGGGUACACAGAUUAGAAAACAAUGGCGAAGUUCAUGUCAUCUAGGAGAUACACCUACCUAUUAGGAAUUAAUUGCCUAAGAAUUCCUUACCAGUAUUUCAUAUGCAUUUCAAAUUCAUUGGUAUUUCCAACUAUGCAUUGAUACCUUCCACAUGUAGCAAAACCAUGGCAAAUAAACCAAGACACUAAAACCAUCA